AGACAAACUAUUUAUAGUCUUCUCUCUCUUCUGGUUUAUUCUGUGUGGUGAGUCUGAACUUGGCUUGGCUGCCCUUCUAGCCAUGGCAGCAACAUCUUCUUAUCUUCAUCUCAAAGGAUGGCCACUUUCGAUAGCAAAGCCAGGAACUUCAAAUGUCACUGAAAGGUACAUGUUCCCAACUAAAGGUACUAAGCUGAGUCGAAAAGUUGCAGGGCGUACGUUAUGUUUCAUCAAAUUUGGAACCUCUACUAACGUCGAGCUCACAAAACUCGAUAUGAAUCCUUUGCUGAAGUUACAUGACAUACAUUCAGUUGCAGAAGAUUUCAAGAUUGGGAUCUCAGAACCAUCACAUGGUAUCUCAAAUCUUGUUGGGAAAAUGGUAAUGUUAGGGGACUUGGACGCUGCUACAGCAAAGUUGGCUAUUGGCAUUUUAGGACCCUUUUUAUCAGCAUUUUCUUUCUUGUUUAUAGUGAGAAUAGUCAUGUCAUGGUAUCCAAAAGUUCCAGUGGGGAAGUUCCCAUAUGUGCUAGCUUAUGCUCCUACAGAGCCGAUUCUUGUCGUAACUCGAAAACUGAUUCCACCCCUUGGUGGAGUGGAUGUUACCCCUGUGGUCUGGUUUGGAGUAAUUAGUUUUCUUAAUGAAAUUCUAGUAGGUCCACAAGGGCUUCUUGUCCUUCUGUCUCAACAAGUUAGCUAGUGAUACUUUUUACAAGAUGCAGGGAGCAAAGAAAAUUGUCUUUGGAGGUCAUUUUGUAUAUAAUUUGAUCUCAUAUGAGUGAGAUAAGAAAAUUUUUAUUGUAGAGAAUUGAACUUUUGUUGUUCCAUAUUGUUAUACAUAAUGUAUUAUUAUAUCUGAACCUA